AUUUAGUAGAAAUGUUGACGUGUAGUAAUAUCAUUAGUUUCCACCUUUAAUAUUAAUUCAUUUUAAUCUUACUUUUAAUAAUAUUCUCAGUUCUUCCCCCUUUUAAGUAAUAAUGGGCUCCAGCCAAUCCCAAAGCAGCAAUAAGAUAGACGAUUCGUCCUCCAACACCAGCGAUUCAGAAGAUUCUGAUGAUUAUCUAUCUGUAGCAUCUGAUAUGGAGAAGCCAGAGAAUUUGUCACAACUUACUUCAGAUGCUGCCUUUACAUCAAGAUAUAUGUUUCAUAAACCUAGUAUGGAUGAAAUUGGUUUAUUAGACAAUAAUUUAGAUAUAAACGAUAAGAUUUCUUUAAUUUAUUUAUUGUAUGAUCAUCCCAACAAAGCAUGUGAGAUGUUAGAACGUUCUUUUGAUGGUGUUGUUAAAGAAUGGUUCAAAUUGGAAGGACAAUUUAUUCAAGAAUGGCAUUUGAAGGUAUUGGAAGCUUUAUGUAUUAUCAAACAUUUUAAAGGUUUAAAAAUUUUGGGUCACAACAAAGCAGAUAUGACAUCAACGUUUUUACCCUUUAAUAAAUUGGUUUCUGUGAAGGUAAAUAAAAUUAGAAAAGCGUUGUAUUGUAUUUUUGAAGAUUUACAGCCUAAUGAAGUGGAUCAAUUAUUUAAAAUUUUACAACAAGAUAUUUUAAAGAAAUAUAUCUCCACGAUUUUAGAUAAAAAUAAUUUGGAGUUAACAUUUCUACAUUUGGAAAUGUCAGGUUAUUUUUCGCUUAUUAAUUUAACAAAUCUAAUCUUUUUAUUUAAACAAAUGGAUUUGUUAAGUGUUUGGGAAGACUUUAAAAUGCUUCAAGAAAAUAUUUGUUUCUCAACUCAUGAUCAGAUUGGACCACCUGUGGGUGCAACUAGUAUAAAUUGGGGCCAAUCGGCUAAUUCAUCUUUUAUGAAUGAUGAUGUAACACAACGCAACAUUGAUCACUAUGAUAAUCAGUAUCUCCAAAACGUUGGGGAAGUACAAGAAAAAAGUACAAUUCAACAAUCAAGAAACAGGGAAAUUUGUGAUAUCGAGGAUAGUUAUCAUGUUGACCCUUUAAAACCUGGCUUACUGUUAAUUAUUGAUAAUGAAAACUUUUAUACUGAAAAUAGACAACAAUUUAAGGUAAGUUUUCUUCAAGGAUUUUAGAAACUAAGAGGGCUAUUACAUGCUGGGAACAGGUGUACAGGGUGG